GAGGGGAGCCCGGGCAGCGUGCGCAGCGCACGGGACUUGUCGUAUAUUUCGCGAAUGCCUGGGAGUGAAGAUACCCUGGGAUCCGUGACUUGCAAGGGGGGGCUCCUACAGAACCUGCCCUGCUUCUUGCUCUGAUUUGGGAGGUCUUCAGAUCACUGACGUGUGUCUUCUAAACACAGCGUCGGCCUGACAGAGAGCUGACCAGAGCACAGUAUUCAUAGGCUAUGGGUCUCGGUCAGAGAAGACCCUGGGAUAAUUCCACCGAGGAGCAUCUUAAUCGCAAUGGAGAUCAAGAGCAGACAGGAAAACCAGGGGACACUUUCUCUCUUUCAGGUGGUUGGCGCUGGGCGGAGCCCUGGAAAUACUGUUCGCGUAAAUUCCUCUUUAUCCUCCUGGUUGUUGCUGCUGUCAUCAUCACUGUGGUUUUAUUUGCACUGAUACUUCACUUUGCUCCUGCGGCCUCCCCUGCUGGGCCUUGGUGCCAGGACGGCUGGAUCGGGUACCAAGGGAGAUGCUACUAUUUCUCAGAGGCCGAAGCAACCUGGGACACCGGCCAGAGCAACUGCUCCUCCUUUGGGGCCAACCUGGCUGUGAUCAACACCGCCCAGGAGAAGGCUUUCCUGCUGCGCUAUAAAGGCCUUUCCGAGCACUGGAUCGGCCUGUGGAGGGAAGAGGGGCAACCCUGGAGAUGGGUGGAUGGGACAGAAUUCAACACCCUGUUUGAAGUCCGAGCGGACGGCCACUGUGCCUAUUUGAAUGACGAUGCCGUUGGCUCCUCGUGGUGCCACACACGACGCAACUGGAUCUGCACCUACCCCGACGCGUACGCGAAGGGCUAGGAAACAGCCGGCGUGCUGCAGCCUAGUGCUUUGCAGCGAUGGGAGGGUUGAAGGGGGACCAAGGUCAGGCUAUGGUUAAAUUGGUAUCUGCUUUUGCAGUGGUGCUAGCUGCAUAUGCAAGAGCAGGCCAGUCACGAGUACAAUAAUUUGCACUAUUGUAAUGUUACAGCGCCCCCUGCAGGACACUGAUAACAUCAUUGUAGCUGUCCAGACUCCGGGCUGCUGUGUAAACAAAGACUAUCUCUGAGAAGAGCAAUACCGAGGCGACUCUCUGGUGCUAUGUUGGGCGGUGAUGGCUGGCUGGCCGUUUUAGCUUAUUUCGGAAGAGGGUGCAAACGGGACUGCCGAGUCACAUGGACUUGUUCCCUCCUAUGAGGAUAUUUACAGCAGUCACAGGGAGGCGCCAAUCAAGGUCAUUGUCAGCCGACGGUCAGGGCAGUGUGUGUGUGUAUGCUUCCGAGAAAAGGUUUAACGUCCGUGUCUUUACUGCUAGGACCGGGGUCCCGUCGCAGAGGGUGGCCAGCAGGCCAACA